AUAUUAUUUUAUUUAUUUUUAAUGCCUUCUAAUUUGCGACGAAAGCGAACGCAACAACGUGAGUAUUAUAAUAGAAAGCGUUGUCGCAAUGAUGUUAAUGGUUCUUUUGAAAGUGAAAAUUUGGUUGAUGGUUCUGUAAAUGAGGGUUCUUUGGUUGUUGGUAAUAGUAGUUUUUUGGAUGAUGGUUGUUUAGGUAGGGAUUCGUUGAUUGUAGAUCAAUGUAGUAGUUCUGUGGAUGAUGGUCGUUUAAAUAGAGAUUCUUUGGUUGUUGGUAGGGGUAGUGAUAUGUUUGUUGAUGAUUGUUUAGGUGAAAAUUCUUUUGAGAUUGAUAAUUUGUUAGUUGAAAAUACUUUAGAAAAGUCUGUGGUUGAACGUGAUACGAGUAUUGAAAGCGAUUUAAGUAAAAUUGAUAUUAUGAGUAAUUUUUCGAGUUCUGUUUCACGGUGUAUUACCCCUGUUAGUGAAGUUUCAUUGUUGCCGAAAAGGGGCAGACCAUUAAAAAGGACAAGCUGCGGUGGUAGGAAGAAAAAAGUUGUAAAAAAUAGUGAGGUGUUACAUUCUGAUAUUGUUACGAAUUUUGAGCAUUUAGAAUCUUUAGAUAUUCCUUAUGGUCCUUUGUUACGUUCAGAUAUACGUAUUUUUGCUCAAAAUAUAAACCCAGUGAGAGAUUACAUUAAAGGUCUUUGGUCCAAUCCCAAUUCGUGGUUAGAAGAAAACUAUAUUUAUUAUUAUUUAAACUACUUAACCACUCGCACUAAUAAACGAAUUGUUGUACUUGACCCUGCAUUUUCUUUUGUUGACUAUCAAUAUGGGGAUAGAGAUCCGUUAAUUCCUAUAGAAAAUUGUUUUAAUUAUUCAGUCGAUUAUGACAUUUUGCUCAUGCCCAUCUGUUUUCCAGGUCAUUUUGGGCUUAUAAUAUAUGACCGUUCUAAUAUAAAUGAUAUUAAAUGUUUGUUUGUUGAUUCUUUGCCUGCUGUUGAUAGAUUGUUUAAUGUUCGAUAUCCUGGAUUUGAUAUAAGGCGUAUUGAUUUGAUAAAACAAGGCAUAAGUGAGUUGACACCUGGUAUUGAUGCAGAUAAUAUUAAGAUUCAACCCCUUCCUCGUACUCAAUUUAGUGAACAAAAUGACGGGGUUAAUUGCGGGUUUUUUGUUUGCUUGUAUUGUGAAUUGUAUUUGUUUAAUAAUAGUAAUAUGUUGAUUCCUGAUUUAAAUAUUAAUUAUGAAAGGAAAAGAAUAAUUUGGAAUCUUUCUAAUUUAGCGUUGGCUAAUGAAAUUGAAUAUAUAGGACCUUCUUUGAUACAUUCCGCGAAUACGCCUGACGGAAAUUGUUUUCAUUUUAAUUUAGAAUUCCCGGGAGAAAUUCAUGAAAAUUGUGUCUGCAAGAAUUAA